UAUAGUAGAAGGUUUUAUUCAGUAUAGACCAAUUUUUAAGAGAAAAUAAAGAAAAUGAAGAAAGACAGUAUCCACGUUGUAAUGGUGCCAUGGUUAGCAUUUGGUCACCUGCAGCCAUUUUUCCAACUCUCCAUAGCCUUAGCCAAAGAAAAAGUCCAUGUCUCUUUCCUUUCCACUCCCAAGAACAUUAAGAGACUUCCUAAACUUCCUUCCAACAUAGCACCACUAGUAAAUCUAGUGGAGUUCCCACUGCCAUCACUCGAUGGGAGCCCUUUGCCUGCUGAUGCUGAGGCUAGUGUAGACAUUCCCGCUGAUCAAAUGUUGUACUUGUACCAAGCUUAUGAUCUCCUUCGAGAACCCGUCAAAAACUUCAUUGCUGAUAAAAAACCUGAUUGGGUCAUCGCUGAUAUCGUCCCCGAUUGGGUGGCUGAUAUCGCUCGUGAACUUAACAUUCCCCUCCUUAAAUUCAGUGUCUUCACUGCUUCUUCACGGGUCUUCUUCGGGCCCCCAAAACCUAGAGCCCCGCCCGGUCAAGUUAAAAAUGGAUCAAAGCCAUUGCAUGAACUUUUGACAUCACCACCACCAUGGGUGGAUUUCCCAUCGAUGGUUGCUUUCCGGAAAUAUGAAGCUCUAGGUCUAAUUUCUGUCCUACGUGGAGAGAAUGAAUCGCGCGAAACUUUACUGGGAUAUGCUGCCGUAGUAGAAGGCUCAUGUAGAGCUGUGGCUAUACGUACUUGCAUGGAAUUUGAAGGUGAUUACUUGGAUACAUAUAACAAAGUCGCAGGUAAGCCAGUGAUUCCGAUCGGUUUGCUACCACCGGAAGAAUUACCGGCGAAUGAAAGAACUCUUGCUUGUCAACCAAUUUGGCAGAAGAUCUCUAAAUGGCUUGACGAACAAAAGCCAAGGUCGGUUGUGUUCGUGGGUUUCGGAAGUGAAUGUAAACUUAGCAAGAAUCAAGUAUAUGAAAUAGCAAACGGAGUACAACUCUCAGGACUACCGUUUUUGUGGAUACUACAGAAGCCCAGUUGGGCUCUGAACGGCAUUGAUGCUUUGCCAUCAGGUUUUAGUGCUGCAACGGAGGGGAGAGGGUUGGUGCACAUUGGCUGGGCACCACAGAAGGAGAUUCUUGCUCAUCCGUCCAUUGGAGGAUCCCUAUUUCAUGGAGGAUGGGGUUCAGCCAUUGAAACUUUACAACAUGGUCAUGUUCUUGUGGCGUUGCCUCUCAUUUUUGACCAAGGAUUGAAUGCAAGAUUGCUAGUAGAAAAAGGUGUGGCAAUUGAAGUGAAGAGGAAUGAAGAAGAUGGAUCGUUCAGUGGAAAUGACAUAGCAAUUUCAUUAAGAGAAGCGAUGGUUUUAGAGGAAGGGGAAGAGCUUAGAGCUCGAGCAAGAAAAGCUGCUGCUACUUUUGGAGACCGGAAGCUUCAUGACUCCUACAUCAAAAACAUUGUUGAGUAUCUGAGAAAUAAUGCUGAGAUGAAGGUUUAGUCAUCAAUCAGCAAAUUAGAAAAGAUAUUGUGUUCUGAAUGCAUGUCAAUCUAAUUAUACUAAUAUUUUUCCAGCUUUGUACGCAUUGAAAUAACGGACAACUAUGUAUUCGAAAAAAAAAAUCAAAACUAUGUAUGGGUUGCAAUAAAUGAACUACUUCGUUGUUACAAUGA